UUUUUCAAAAUUUGUUUAGCUGAAUCAAGUCUCUGUUAAGAUUCACUAUUCUUCAAUUGAGGAAGUUCUGAUUACCAUUGAAUUUCGCGAUUGCAAAUGGGGGAACUCCAAAUUCAACACCCCUUUUCUCUUCCACCUCCGCCGCUGCCCCCUCUUCCUCCGCCGUCUCCUUCACGCGAUGACUCCGCUCCGCCUGAACCCACAUCUCGGGACGACAAUUCUCCUCCUCCUGCCCCUCCUUUCGAUCCUAGCCGAAUGAUUGGGAUCAUCAAAAGGAAGGCCAUGAUCAAAGAAUUGGCAGCUGCAUAUCAUGCUGAGUGCCUCACCUACUGCCAAGAACUAUUGGAACUACAGAAAAAUAUCGACGAGCCAUUUACAGACAUAAAACUUCCGGAGGAGCCAAGGAAAGAAGUACAAAAACCUGCCAAACGAGUCAAGAAGUCCCGCUAGGUGUCAAUAUGAGUUCAAGGUCUCUUCAUCUCAAUCCCAUUACCAAUUUCAAAAAGGAACAUAACAGUUUAAGAUGGCAUUGAAUAAAUUGCUGAUAUUUUCUUACUCUGGUCCUACUUGGUAGGUGCAUCAUGCUCUCUAGCAAUGACCGUCCUUAGUUCUUGUAGAAGUUUCAUGAGCUUUCAUUUGUUUUGGUUUGAGUUGGUAAUUGAUGUGUUAUUACUAGGACUUCUGCAAUCUUAUCCUUUUGAUGGAAUAUAUCAAGCAAAGUUAGUUCAAAUGAUAGAAAUUAUCUAGA